UAAGAAAAUCCAAUCUAGUUCACGGGUUUGCCCCAAAACUUAGUAAUAUAUACACCUUCGCAUGCACAUUCAUUUUAACACCACAAACACAACUAAUAUAUAAAAAAUAAAGAGGAUAAAAUGACAAGCAAGAAGAUGGCUAUUAUGGUGAUUGUAAUGGUGAUGGCUAGUUUAGUCAUCGAGAGGUCAGUGGCGAUUGACCUUUGUGGCAUGACUCAAGCAGAGUUAAAUGAGUGCUUACCAGCGGUGAGCAAGAAUAACCCAAAGAGCCCAUCACAGCUUUGUUGCAACGCUCUAAAACAUGCUGACUACACUUGUCUUUGUGGCUACAAAAACUCUCCGUGGCUCGGUUCUUUCGGUGUAGAUCCCAAGCUCGCUUCUGGUCUCCCUAAAGAAUGUGACCUAGCCAAUGCCCCAGCUUGUUAAGCAUUGUUGUGGUGUAUUUUUCUAGCUAAUUGAGUGUUUUUGUUUUGUUUGUUUAUUAUUAAGCAUGUUUUUAAUAUUCUAUAUCUUUAAUUAAAUGGAGUUGCUUAGAUUCAUAUAUAUCGAGAUUCAUACUAAA